GGACAACGCCACCUUGAACACUGACUGCGAGAGUGGCGGCUGCAUCGGUAGCUCCGCCAGAAGAACCGCCAGUGGAUUCCCCCUAUAAAUAGUUCUACCUUUCUCUCUCUCUCUCUCUAUUUUUCAUUGUUUCAUCUUCCUUCUCCAUGGCUUCGAAGUCGUUCGUCUCCCCGUCCCUCGCUCCUCCACCGUUUUUUUCAGCUCGGCGGACCUGCAGCUCUCUAUCCACGUGUCUGCUGCCUUCUUGCGGCAGGAAUUUCUCGCCCCUUUCGCUUUCGAAUCGUGUCCCUAACUCCUGGGAAAGUUCGAAGAGACGGAAUGGCCUCAUUACUCUUUGCAGUGGAACGGAGGGCUCUGGGGAAGUGGAAGAGGUCCCGAUCGAAAAACAAUUUCCGGCGUUUCCUACUGUUCUUGAUAUCAAUCAGAUCCGGGAUAUCUUGCCACACAGGUUUCCGUUCCUUCUUGUGGACAGGGUUAUUGAAUAUAAUCCUGGCGUUUCUGCUGUUGCAAUAAAAAAUGUCACCAUUAAUGACAAUUUCUUCCCUGGGCAUUUUCCAGAGAGGCCAAUCAUGCCUGGCGUUCUUAUGAUUGAGGCGAUGGCCCAGGUUGGAGGAAUUGUGAUGCUGCAACCAGAAGUUGGUGGCUCCAGAGAGAACUUUUUCUUUGCAGGGAUCGACAAGGUUAGAUUCCGAAAGCCUGUGAUUGCAGGAGACACCUUAGUUAUGAGGAUGAACCUAGUGAAGUUGCAGAAACGCUUUGGAAUUGCUAAGAUGGAAGGGAAGGCAUAUGUGGGUGGUGAGGUUGUAUGCGAGGGUGAAUUCCUAAUGGCAACUGGUAGCGGAUAAACAAUUUGUUUCUAUUUCCGGUUCAUGGUCAUUGAUCUUUCUUGAAUUUUGUCAUGCUUUAGCGAGUGAUGUUUUGAUGAGAGAACCGUGGGCACCUACCGUUUGAUAAAAGCACUCCUGAGAACUGUUUAUUGAUUUUUAAGCCAAGGCUCUCGUAUCCAGCAGUAACGCCUGCCAGCAAGCUAAUGCGUUUGUAUCUAUCUGUUAUUCCUCUUUGUUGAAAUCAAGACGCGUCUGUUGUAGCCCCUGCCUAGUUCAAUAAUGUAUCAUGGACAAUGCGUUUCUGAUGAUAGAUUCAAAGGGAAAUGUUUGCAA